AAAGGACGAGAAAUUGAAAUUCCGUGAAAGGAAAAGCAGAGGAGGAGAGAGACCCUCUGAUCGUUGUAUUAUCUGAUCUCUGUGUUUGGCGGAAUCCCCAAUCCAUUAAAUCAAUAAAAACAUACAAGAGUGAGAAUCCAAAGAUACCCACUUGGGGUGUUUGGCUCAUUUUAUCGGUUGCCGCUGAGCUUUCAGUGAUCCAAAAACAGAGCAAAAAACAGAGUAGGAUUUAGGAACAGUGGUAGGUAGCUGAAAGCAGAGCAAUGGGCAUUUUGCAUGAGGAUGUUGUGGUAAUUAACCAGGCAAAGAAGGCUGGGGAACCCACUGUAAUCACUGUCAAUUGCCCUGACAAAACUGGAUUGGGCUGUGAUUUGUGCAGGGUUAUAUUGCUCUUUGGGCUAAGCAUUUGCAGAGGAGAUGUUUCAACAGAUGGGAAAUGGUGCUACAUAGUGUUUUGGGUGGUGGGAAAACCAAAUACAAGGUGGAAUUUGUUGACAAAGAGAUUGUUGGAAGUGUGUCCGUCGUAUUUGUCGACUUCUGGAAUAUUCUAUUAUCACCCUGAAAACCAGCAGCCUAAGCCACCGGAUGUUUUCCUUCUUGAAUUCUGGUGCUCUUAUGAACGGGAAGGCCUAUUGCAUGAUGUCACUGAGGUUCUCUGUGAGCUGGAGCUCACAAUACAUAGAGUGAAGGUAUCUACUACCCCGGAUGGGAGAGUGAUGGACCUUUUUUUUGUUACAGAUACCAGAGAACUUCUUCAUGCAAAAAGAAGACAAGACGAAACAAUUCUUUGUCUGAAAGCUGUUUUAGGGGAUGCCUUGUUGAGUUGCAAAAUUGAAUUGGCUGGAUCAGAGGUUACCGCUUGUUCACAGGGUUCUCCAUGUCUUCCUUCUGCCAUCACUGAAGAAAUAUUCAGUUUAGAGCUGCCCAAUGGACGCCUAGGCAGAUCUGUUGCCUCCAACCCCAUUUCAUUAACAGUGGACAACAACCUUAGCCCAUCUCACACACUCGUUCAAAUCUUCUGUCAGGAUCAUAAAGGCCUUGUAUAUGAUAUCAUGAGAACCCUAAAGGAUUACAACAUUCAGGUUUCUUAUGGACGAUUCUAUGCAAGCCCAAAGGGAAAUUGUGAGGUGGACUUGUUCAUAAUGCAAGCAGAUGGCAAGAAGAUUGUUGACCCCAACAAGCAAAAUGCAUUAUGUUCUCGUUUGAGAAUGGAGCUUUUGCGUCCUCUUAGAGUGGCGGUGGUGAGCCGUGGCCCUGAUACUGAGCUGGUGGUAGCUAACCCUGUUGAGUUGUCUGGCAGGGGUCGUCCUCUAGUCUUUUAUGAUAUUACUCAUGCCCUCAAAGUUCAGAAGACACACAUCUUUUCGGUUAAGAUAGGGAAACACAUGAUCCAAGAUCGGGAGUGGGAGGUCUACAGAAUCCUGCUAGAUGAAGGAGUUGGUUAUUCAGUGCCAAGGAACAAAAUUGAGGAAGGUGUAAGAAAUAAAUUGAUGGGUUGGGAAUAGAUUGGCGCCAAAUUUAGUUAAUGGCUUCCAUCACUGUACAGUGUACAGUAUAUUUUUCUUAGCAUUGAGUUUCUACUACAU